CUCCCAUUUUUACCAUGCAUCGAAAGAUUUGUCAGCUAUCUGAAGUUGAACCGUGGCUUCCUAGGCAGUUAGCUGAAAAUAAAGUUGCAUGGUUGACUUGGUAGUUAGCAAGCUAAGCUAACAGAUAGUUCACGUUACUGGUAGAUCGAUAUAGCUAGCUAUUAGUUAAUGCUUCCUGAGUCACCUUGGGAAAUGUUUAGUUUGUCAGUUCGCAUACCAAAUGCUUUCCAGAAGAUACCGAAUCUACUGUUACAUUUGUUUACACCGAGCUGCACUGUCAUUGGGGUCGGAACUAGCCAGCAGAUCCAACCCACUUGCUUACAGCUGUACUAGGGUCUGACAGCCUUCCUGUGUAGAUUAAUGCCAUAUGUCCACCAGAUACAUGCAUUUUGCCAUAUGUUGUUUUUGCCAAAUGUUUAGCCCACAUUUUCUGUACAUCAUGACCCUUGCAAGGUUGCAGAACAGUUUGCAGCAUAGAGAAGACCAUUUUCGCUCUGUUUAACCAAAGCUAAUAAUUAGAACAGAUGAAAGUUAUUAUCCUGUUGACCUAAUGAUUUCAUAGGAUGGCAGAGCUACCAAGAGACUGGUGCGCACAACGGCAUAUUACAACAAUGAAUCUAGUUUGUUUCUAUUCUUUCCACUCAUCUCUAGCAACAUCAACAAAUUGAACUGGUUGUUCCCAUAUAGAGUACUGAUUUCAAAUCACGAGCUUGCUCUGCGUGAUGGCAUGCUAAAUUACACACUGAAAAGUGCUGUGUGUAUUAAUUCUGUACUGCGUUCUGUUGGCUACCCAAGUAUAGUAAUGAUGAAUUGUCCGUGUCAUUCUUACCAGAGAUGAAUUUCCAGUCAUUCAUCCAGUAUCUUCUCCUCUCUAACUACACAAUUGUCAUCAUAAUUUGGCCUCAGUAUGGUGCAACCCCCGCCAUGGGACACGCAUAAUGAACUUCCAUUUGUACCACUGCACGGUAAUGCAACUCACGAGUUGAAAAUAUUGAAUGCAUGCGGUACACAGAAACGCACCGCAGCCUAGUACGGCAUCCCAAAUGUAGCAUUGCGGACUGUUCCAUUAACAAUGAACAACUUCCGCCGGAGCGUGAAGAGUUUGAUGUAUCUGGUGGACAUGAAGCUAAAUAGGAAUAACCCCCUUUUCUUUCUAAAUUCGCCUAAAAUGACACCCAAAUCUAACUGCCUGAAGCAAGCAUAUGCAUAUUCUUGGUACUAUUUGAAAGAAAACACGUUGAAGUUUGUGGAAAUGUGAAAGGAAUGUAGGAGAAUAUAACACAAUAGAUCUGGUAGAUGAAAAUACAUCACCAUCUUUGAAAUGCAACAGCAAGGUCCCAAAUCUAGCCAUCAUUGUAAUUCCGAUGGUGUCCACAAGAUGGCAGCAGUGUAUGUGCCAAGUUUCAGACGGAUAACUUGAAGUAUGAGCAAACUACAUGACGUGUGAAGUCACCCAGGUACAUUUGUGCAAAUCGUGAAGGAGACAUUUACAUUCACAUGACAUUUUUCUGAAAGAAUAUCAUUAAAUCUGUAUACUUGGACUUUGAUUUAGCUUUUCCAGUGUUAGUAGCCAUGUUAUAAGGUCAACAUUUGCAAAACACCCAGUUUUCAUAACUUUGUAACUCCUCCAUAUUUUUGUCCAAAUGAAAAAGGCUUGCUGUCGCACAAGGUUAGCAGUAACAUUUUGCGACAUAUACUGGGUUUCUGCAUACUCCCGUAAAGCCCAGAUCAUUAGCUUUGUUUGACCCCGAUUGGUGCUUAUUUGACAAAGUGACAGUCAAUCAAGUGAAGACCGCCCAUGUCAUUGGCGUGCCAUGAAGGCGUCACUCUCUGACCAAAUUUGGUGUCCUAUAGGAUAUACUACACUCCUAAUGAUAUAGUGAAGUCUGGUUACAUUUAGGAUCUCUGAGGAAUAAAUAUGAAUGUUAUUUGACUGGUUGAAACAACGUUUAGGGUUACGUUUUCACAGAUUCCUUUCUUUGCAAAUUGAACGAGUGGAAAUACAAAAUCGUAUCGUGCUAUAUGGACCUUUUUUAGGAUAUGAAAAAUGAUUUUUAUCUAACAAAACAACACUUCAUGUUUUCUCUGGGACCCUUUGGAUGAUAAAUCGGAGCAAGAUUUCAGAAUACUGCACUGGGACUACUGGGCUGAGGAUGUGCGGGAGGACUGCAUGCACCCUGGCGGCAGAUGAAGUCAGCCGCGCCUCCCAGUACAGAGACCGAGGAGGGCAGCGUCGACAGCCAAGGUGGAAAGACGGAGAUUCUGAUAAGUACCGACCUUCCUACAACAAGAGCCCCCAGUCUUUGAGCCCAGUCUUGUUAUCCCAAAGACAUUUUGUUAAGAAUGCCCCAGUGGAUGAAUGUGUGUUGGCAGUGAUGCGUUGGGGCCUGGUGCCUGCCUGGUUCAAGGAGAAUGACCCAAACAAGAUGCAGUAUAGCACCAACAACUGUCGCAGUGAGACCCUGCUAGAGAAGAAGUCCUACAAGGAUCCGCUGUUGAAAGGACAGCGCUGUGUCAUCCUGGCUGAUGGCUUUUAUGAAUGGAGGAGGCAGGAGAAAGACAAGCAGCCCUUCUUCAUCUAUUUCCCCCAGACUCAAGGACCCGUUCAUGUGAAAACAGAGGACCAGGAUGAGGGAACACCCUGUAAGGAGGAUCUACAGACAUGCAGUUCUGAGGAAGGCUCUGUAGACCAGAAAGAGGAGGACAAAGGAGACCAUGAGUGGAGAGGAUGGCGGUUGCUGACCAUCGCAGGACUGUUUGACUGCUGGACUCCCCCUAGUGGUGGAGAUCCCCUCUACACCUACACUGUGAUCACUAUGGAUGCAUCCCCUAAUCUUCAAGGCAUCCAUGACCGGAUGCCAGCGAUUCUCGAUGGAGAGGAGGAGGUCAGAAGAUGGCUGGAUUUUGGUGAGGUCAAGUCAUUAGAUGCCCUUAAAUUGCUUCAGUCCAAAAAUACACUGACCUUUCACCCUGUCUCCUCAUUUGUCAACAACUCUCGAAACAACUCCUCUGAGUGCCUGCAGCCAGUGGAUCUUCAAGCUAAGGAGCCCAAGCCUUCAGCCAGCAGUAAUAUGAUGAUGGGCUGGCUGAAGAGCAGCACGCACCCAAAGAGGAAAGAGUCAGAUAUUGGGGAAGUCAAACAGGAGGGGCACACAAGAGAGACCAGGCCUGAGAAGCAGCUGAAGACUGCAGGGCCUCUCCAACAGUGGCUGCAGGGAGCCAAUAAGAAACCCAGGACCAACUGAGUGGGACAGAAACAUUGACUGACUGAAGAGAGAAGGGAACAGAUUGAAAAAUGUAGACCUCAUUGUCUUGAUAUUGCGGUGUGUUGAUUGAUGUGGAAGAGAGGAAAUGGUUUCUGAUUGUUAUGUCUGUCUGGUAAUGGUUAAAGAUAGUUAUUAAAUAUUUUUCAGAUUUGGA